AUGUCGGGGCCGCUGCCGCUGCCGGUGGCGGUGGGCUUUGGGGCGGGGGCGCGGACCGGACCCUUCCGCUUCGCGCCGCGACGCCUCCGCUUCCCCCGACACCACCCCAUCUUCGAGGACGGGGACGUUCAGAGACACCUCUACCUCCAAGAUGUCAUCACCCAAGUCGGGGAGGUGAUCGAAAGACCCAAGGUGUCGGAGUUCAGUUGUCCGGCCGCUGGCUGCUGCCAGGUGUUUGACACCUUGGAGGGCUAUGAGCAUCACUACAACACCCUGCACCGAAAUGUCUGCUCCUUCUGCAAACGCUCCUUCCCCUCGGGGCACUUACUGGACACCCACAUCCUCGAGUGGCACGACGCCCUCUUCCAGAUACUGUCUGAGAAACAGAAUAUGUACCAGUGCUUGGUGGCAGGCUGCGCGGAGAAGUUCGAGACGAGUAGAGCCCGAAAGGAUCACCUGGUCAAAGUUCACCUCUAUCCCUCUGACUUCCGAUUCGACAGACCAAAGAAAACCAGAGGCCAAAUGAAGCAGAGCCCAGCCGGCGGGAAGAAUGAGGUCCCGGCCAUGUCAGUAGAGGCGGCGGGAGGUCCCGAAGAGCCUUCGGGCGCGGAUGCCAUGGAAGUGUGCCCCGGUGAAGGUGGGCAGGGUGCCCCCGCCAUGGAGGAGAGCCCCACACCAACCGCCCUCCCUGAGAAGCCAGCCUACAGCUCCCGAAUCCCUACCACAAUUUGUUUCGGUCAAGGUGCCACCCGAGGAUUUAAAAGCACAAAGAAAAGAAACAAGCGGCCGUAAGGACCCAUCGGCAAGAGGGGUGACUGAAAAAGGCCACGGUCGGAAGCCGUGUGGGGUGGGUCACCCUCCAUCCGCAGAAGAUUCAACACGGAGCCGUUCAGAUCUUUUUUAAGAAGGGCCGACCACCUCCGAGUGGAGUCGGACUCGCUUUCAGCUGGCCGAGACUUGAGGUCUCCGCUUGGGUUUCUGGAUUUACAGAGGAUGAAAGCCAAGGAAAAAUGAAGCAGGGGAGGGACGUUGUCAGUUUAACUUAUUGCAGUGCCACGAACGUGGAUCUUUCCUAUACUGUUAUUUACGUACAAAGGAAAAGCUGCGGGUAAAAUUGGCUAAAAGCGAAAUACCGGUCACAGUCAACAUAAGGUUUUUUUUAUUUUUUAAUGUAAAAUAAAUAUUCCAAAUAGCAGUUUCCAA